AUGCGAUCCUUAACAGAUGCUGACAGAGCCAUUAGAGAACUCGGCAGAACCCAGAACCUGGGGCCUCCUCUCGAUUCGCUGUCCGUCCGCUACGCCGCGGGAGAGGCUGAGCGACUCGGGUUCCCUUCCUGCGGCUAUGGCGGGGGCGCUAUGCCUGGCGUUGAUGAAGCAAAACUCUUCGUGGGGUCUCUCCCCAAAGAUGUCAAAGAACACGAGGUACGGGCUCUCUUCGAGCAGUAUGGCUCCGUGCAGGAAGUCUUCCUGCUACGCCAUAACAAUGGGGACAGCGGUAGUAGACCGAAAAAGGGUCCAAGCGGCUCGGCAUUUGUGCGAUUUGCAUACAAAGAGCAGGCGCUACACGCGAUUUCAAGCCUAGCAGGGAGAUAUGUCAUGCCGAGUCAGUUUGAAAGCCAUGAGCCCAUACCGGUCCACAUAAGAAAAGAGCAACUCCAGAAGCUUUUUGCCGCUCCUCUUCCUCCUCCCAAUCGGUGUUCCUUACUUACAGCCAUUUUCUAUGUUGCUCGUGGACUGGAAGUUCGCUUCGCGGCUGCAAGACGGCGCCAACCAGCAUCCAACACUGUUGCUACCGGAUCGGGGUUGCAUGCACUGCCUGAAGCUCCCAGUGAGAAUCUAGACAGGGAAACCCUCUCAGCUUCAGCGAGACAGGGGGUCCCCGAAAGCACUACAGGAGACGCGUGGCUUGAAGCAGAGCCAUGGGAGGAGCUCUUAUCUCUGGCAGGAGAAGCGCUGGGCUUCCCGCAACAGACGAAUUCUGGGAAGACAGAACACAUGCCUCUCGAAGGAUCGAUUUCACCUGUAAGCUGUCGCGUCUCUCUUGACCUGACCAUUCUAAGUGAAAGAGCCAUUCUCGACAGACCCGCUGACUUCAGCAAUUGGAUUGCUCCACAUAAGCCUAGGGAAGAGGAUUUGGCUGUGUGUGUGCAGAAUCGAGGUCUGGAGUCAACUCUUCUUCCCUCCCUGCUGCUUGCUAACCGUCCCGGUCUUGAUGUGGAGACUGGGAAUGGUGUGGGCUCCCCCGCAGUCCCCUCUGAGUCUUAUGAGGGCACAGAGUCUCGUCUUUGUCACGAGGAAAAGUCGCAUGGGCCUCCUGGUGCGAAUCUGUUUAUCUUGCACAUUCCAAAUGAAUGGACAGGGGAUGAUUUGCUGCGACACUUUUCUCCCUUCGGCGCCCUUAGAAGUGCCAAGAUUGCAGUGGACAGACACACGAGAAGAAACAGAGGUUUCGCAUUUGUCGACUACCAGGAUGUCAACUCAGCCAUUGCAGCCGUCAGCAUCAUGGAUGGAUAUCAGGUGAACGGCAAGCGUCUGAAAGUGCGGAUAAAAACAGAAGAGGCAUACGAGGAGGCGCUAAUGCUAGAAAAUGUCAUCCUAGAUCGACAUAACACGCUAUUGCCACAAGAGCAACUCCUCGGGGGUUCUACUCGACAGGAAGAUCCCCAGACCCUCGCUGCCUCCCUUUUAGAUAUCGCUGCUAAAAAUGGAUCCAGUAAGCAGCAGCGCAAAGCUGCUUUAAGCGUUUACAUUUAA